ACAUGGUGUAAAUAUUGAAUUAAUUCUUCAAUUAAAUGUUUGCAUUUGACUCGUAAUAAACUGUGACACCGCAAUUCAAUCAAUUACAAUAUUUUGGUAUGCACUUCUAUCCCUGAAAUAAUAUAAAUAUGAAACCAUAACGACAACAAUGUCUUCAAGCAUAUAUGAAAAAAAUCUUAAUAAGGAAGGCCCUAGGCCUUAUAAAUGUUGCAAUUAUGCGAAUAAAGUAUCUGUUAAUCUUAACCACUUCAGAAGGGAUGGUAGAUUUUGUGACAUAGAUCUUAUAUCGGGAAAAACUAAAGUCCGGGCACAUCGAGUAAUUCUUGCUGCUAGUUGUGAAUAUUUUGAUGCAAUGUUCAGUGUGGGCCUAGAAGAGAGCCAGAAAGGCAGGGUUGUACUACCUAGUGUACCACCUGGCAUACUUCCAAUGAUUAUUGACUUUAUUUAUACUGGUGAAAUUGAGAUUGACAAAGCCACAGUACAGCAUUUGAUGAUAGCAGCUGAUAUGUUUCAACUACAUGAACUGGUGGCUGGUUGUGGAGAAUUUUUGAAAAGAGAACUGCAUCCUUCCAAUGCACUAGGCAUAUUUAGGUUUGCUGAAAAUCACAACUGUACUGAGCUUGCUGAGGAGGCAUUGGUGCAUGCUCAAGCUCACUGGAACUUGGUAGCAAAUGGUGAAGAAAUGUUAGAAUUGCCCUUGCAGCAACUGCUAACACUGUUGUCCUCAGAGCAACUUAAAGUGGAUAAUGAAGCUCAGGUACUGUAUCCAGCUUUGAAGUGGCUCGAACAUGAUCCAUCAACGAGAAGACGCCAUUGUUUUGAAGUCCUGAGCCAUGUGCGGUUGCCACUUAUAUCACCGCUAGUGUUGGAUGACGCCAUGAAAACUGUUCAGGAUCCUUCUAUAGCUGUUGCUUUGAAAACAGUCAGAGUUGAUAUGAAAUCUGGUCGCGGUGCCCUAGUGGCGUUGUCGGCGGAACCGCGUGCGCGUGCGCGCCGCGUACUGGUGGUCGCUGGCGGCUCGUGCCACGACGCAUCCCCGCACGCAAACCCACCGCACGCAGCGGACAACAUUCUCUCUUCCGCACUCAAAUUCGAUUUGUACAAACGAGAAUGGGAGGACCUGGCGCCGAUGGGUAUAGCACGAAUUCAACCGGGAGUUGCUAUGUUAGGUGGACGAGUUUAUGCAGUCGGCGGGGAGCAAGGCAGUCAAAUAUUGGCAAAUGGCGAAGUGUACGAUCCCCAGACCGACAAAUGGUCGAACAUAGCACCGAUGAAAGAAGCACGGUGCGAGUUCGGUCUGACGGCGUGGAACGGUAAUCUGUACGCCUUUGGCGGAUGGGUGGGUUCGGACAUGGGCUCCUCCGUCGAAGUGUACGAUCCCGUAUCAGACGAGUGGACGCUCACUGGAGAGAUGCCAGAACCGCGCUUCGGAAUGGGUGUUGUUCAUUUCGAUGGACUAAUAUAUGUGGUGGGCGGUUGCACGCAUACGUGGCGCCACACGCGGGACCUUCUGUGCUACCAUCCCGCGACGCGCAAAUGGCACGCGUUGGCGCCUAUGCGACAUGCGCGGAGUCAGGCCGCCGCUGUUGUACUGGGCGCGUAUCUCUACGUCAUCGGCGGAAACGCACCGCGACGCACUGUGCUCGCCUCAGUCGAGAGAUACAGCUUCGACCACGACUCGUGGGAGGAGGUGGCAAGUCUAAAUGAAGCACGCGCGGGUUGCGCGGCGGGCGCAGCCGACGACGUGCUACUGGCGGCGGGUGGGGAUAGCGAGUGUGCGGGCGAGCGUGCGUUCUACCGCGCUCGCACCACACUGGCGUCCGUGGAGAUGUACGACGCUGCACGCAACGCCUGGCUUCCCGCGCCUCCACUGCCACACUCGCGAGCCGAGGCGGGGGCUGCGCUGCUCUGACGAACCGACGAAGCCUUACUGAGUACCAAACUUUAUAACGCGGCAAAACUUAGUGCUACUUUUUGCGAGUAGCCUUAGACAAGAUUAGCCCGUUCGCAAUCGUUUUCGCAUAUCAAAACUGUGUAUCGUCAAAGUAAAAUGGACCUAAUGUCACAGUCUUAGAGUCGAAAUUCCUGUACUUCUGAGAUUUGUAUUACAAACGUUCUGUCAAAAAACCCGAACUAAAGUAUUGUAGGCAAAUUUGCGCUGUAAAGCAUUGCAAAUAAGAUUCAUUUUACUACGAUGAUCAAGUAUUCCCAUACUCGAAAAUGACUCCCUAGAUUGUAAGCGAGCAAAUCUUCUACUAAGGCUACAGAGCCUACUACUACUACUGCAAGGUUUUCUGCCUACUAUUCGAUGGCGUGGAAUUGAAAAAGCGCCAUCUAGUUACGAUUUUGGGAAACAGUCUCGUCACGAAAUGGCAUACUUUCGAUUCGAUUGAAUAGGAAGAAAAAUUCAAAGUGCACUGUGGGCCCGUCCAGAAAAAACCGAGCUGCGUACGUAUAAUUCGAGAUGGAUGACGGACACCUACUCAUUUAAAAAUUAUAUGAAAUUUGAGUUUUGAUGUAUACAUAAAAAUACAGCCCGGCACAUAUCAUUUUAAUUUUGCUGUUUUACGCUGCGCCUCGCGCACUGCUUAAAAUGUGCGUGCGCUUAUAACUAUGAUAAGACUGUGCGAAUUAUUGUGUGGUACAUAAGUCUUUAAACUAAACGAAAUUGACAUGUUCGUUUUUUUAUUAUGGUUGCAGUGUGAAAGGUAGAGUACUUCUUUUUAGCAAGUGCAUAAAUUAUAAAAUAUUUCUUGUUAUAUGAAACGAUAGUAAAGAGUCUCAGAAAUGCAUUUUCGAUUAUUAAACACACAUAUUCAAACAAAAGAACUUUAGCAUCCGAAAUUCUACAGAUGUAGAAUUCACGUUACACAGCUCCUAACAUAAAUUAAGAUAACAGUGACGACAAUGUAUUCGAAGCAUGUCGACAAGGCUUAGUUGCAGAGCAGCCCAUAUCUAACAUAUAUGAUGAAUUAUAUAUUAUCUCAACCUGGGCACGUUAUAUCGCGAAUCCAGCGGCCGACUAUAAUAUGAGGUCACUAUGAAUUGAAUAAGGCGAGUGGGCUAAGACGCAACCAAUUUCGCUUUAGCCUAAAGACCACUCUUGAUAUGGGUUUGAAAUUAAAGAGAUUUGCAAGCAUAAAACCGCAUACUCGAUUCCUGGAGUUCUUAUUUGUCAUAAAUGAUUUAAAAUGUAUUAUGUAUAUGAGAGUGAAAACAAAUAUGAAUAGCAUUUUACCCAAAAAAAAUUAUGUGCAGAAGCAGAUAUGAAAGUUAUCUCAGUAGAACGGGCUAAUGAAUGAAAAUAACAUAACUAAAUCUUUAACAAGUGCGAUUUCACAAUUAAUUGCUCCCCUCACACACUUUAAUAUUAUUGACAAUAACAUGUGUGCGAAUUGAAGAAUUGGUAAAAGAUUUUAUGGACUGUUAUACAUUUCAGGAUAGGGUAGCCACUAAGUUUGCCGUGGUAACAUUCCUACAUCAUAAUAUUGGAUACAAGCAGGUGUUACUUUGCGGAAAUCCAUUAUAUAUUAUGAAAAUUAAGCUUAAUUUGCUAUAC